AUGGCAGACAGGCCGGCGCACAGGGGCCGAGGCGGCUACAGGGGUGGCCCCGGCGGCGGGCGCGGAGGCCGCGGCGGAGGCAGGGGCGGUAGGGACUCCCACGGCCACGGCGGCAGCGCGGACCACGGCGGCGACAAGGAGAGACCCAAGAAGGAGAACAUCCUCGACCUGGGCAAGUACAUGGACAAGCGGAUUACCGUCAAGUUCAACGGCGGACGAGAGGUUACCGGAACCCUCAAGGGCUACGACGCUCUGAUGAACCUGGUGCUGGACGACGGCCACGAGAUGAUGCGCGAUGACGAGGGCAAUGAGAGGACGCGGGCCCUUGGUCUCGUUGUUGUGCGCGGCACGCUUCUGGUGCUCGUCAGCCCCGUCGACGGGAGCGAGGAGAUCGCUAACCCUUUUGCAACCGAAGGCGAUGACUGA